UCAAGGAUUGGUCAAUCCUUGACUGCUGAUGAUCAAGAAUUAAUCUAUACCUGGACUGCUAGGGAUCAAGUACUGUUUUAUCCCUAGACUGCUGAUGAUUAUGGAUUAAUUUUCCAUGGAAGGAUUAAUCUAUACCGGGGCUGAUUGGAAUCAAGAAUUAAUCUAUUCUUGGACAGCUAGGGAUCAAGGAUUAAACUAUCUCGGGACUGAAGGGAUCAAGGAUUAAUCUAUUCUUGGAAUGCUAGUGAUUGAUAUAUCCCUGCAAUGCUAGGAAUCAAGGAACUGCUAGGGAUCAUUGAUUUAUUUCUGGACUGCUAGGGAUCAAGGAACUGCUAGGGAUCAAGGAUCUGCUGGGGAUCAAGGAACUGUUAAGGAUCAAGCAACUGAUAGGGAUCAAGAAACUGAUAGGGAUCAAGGAGCUACUAGGGAUCAAGGAUCUGCUGGGGAUCAAGGAACUGCUAGGGAUCAAGCAACUGAUAGGAAUCAAGGAACAACUAGGGAUCAAGGAACUGGUAGGGAUCAAGGAACUGCUAAUGAUGGGUGGGGAAGGGUUGCUUCUCCAGGUUCUAUUUCUCCUGGAUAUUUUCUGCACUACAGGGUCGAUCAGGUUGGAUAAACUGAGUGUACCAGAUUCAGCUGAACUGGGCAGUACAGUACAACUCUCGUGUACAUUCACCAUUCAGAUGUCUGAAGAGGUUGAACUUGAUGUAAAAUGGUAUCAUAACUCUUCAUCCACUCCUAUACUAGUUUGGGUUCCAUAUUCCAGAGUUCCUUACCUCCUUCCAUCAUCAAUAUCAGAAUACCUCAGUAUUUCAUCCUUCGAAGAUGCUGGGGAUAGAAUACCUAGGUCUGGAACGGAGCCCAACCGAGUGGAAUAUCUUCAAUCUGGAACGGAGCUUUCAUUUCCCCGGUCUGGAACGAGAACAAAGACAUUGAUUAGUGAAAUAACUCUUCAAGCAGACUCAUUUAGGCUAUCAGGAGAGUACAGUUGCAAGGUUUCAACAUUUAGUCAAGAAAUUAUUGUUGGACGUAAUAUUAUUGUGUACGAGGCCCCUGAGAGGUUUUGGAUAAAUCAAAGUUUAUCCUAUGGAGAGCUCACUGUAUCCUGCUCAGUCUGGGCCGGUUAUCCUACACCUGUACUCACACUUUGUAAACAGGGCAUCCAAGGAGAUUGUGAUUACAGAGUGUCAACUAAUGAUGCUGUAUACGAGGAUAGUCAGGACUACGGGGAGGAGGACUAUCUUGUUGAUCCAAGACUAGUCCUCAUUAGUUCAGUUUUUAGUCUGCAAAGUCUUCAAGAUGUUGCAAAGUUCACAUGUACUCUACAUAUUCCAGGAACGAGCUUUAAGAAAGAAGAGGAGAAAAUAUUUAACAAAUAUCCAUCAGUUCAGCCCCUUCCAAUGGUUAGUCGGGCAACGAGUAGCGCGCCGACCAACCUUCUAACGAGUAGCGCGCCGAACUGCUUAUUUUUACAACUGAUAAUGAUGUUCUCACAUCGGUGACGUUUUACAAAUUUUCAUAUAUUUUAGAAAAAAAACUGUGAAACCAAAAAUUGUUGAUUAGUGAAAACUCCCAAGGUACAAAUAUUUAUGUUCACUUACAAUAUAUGUACUCUGUGUUCGCAUGAACUACAUUAGAUGUACAGUACACAAGCAAGUACAUAAGCCAUCUCAUUCGUUUUAUACAAUGUAUGAAACCGUGAUAAUUAAGUAUUAACAAUCAUGUAAAAUGUGAUAUUUGUAAAAUUUACAUUUACGAGUAAAUAAAAUAAAUAAAUUGCA